CGUGAGGAGGUGGUGGAUCUGGCUGCACCGAGAUCCUGGGAAAGCGAAAUGGAGGGGUGUGUGUCUAACCUAAUGAUCUGCAACCUGGCCUACAGCGGGAAGCUGGAGGAGUUAAAGGAGAGGAUCCUGGCAGAUAAGUCCCUGGCCACUAGGACUGACCAGGACAGCAGAACAGCAUUGCAUUGGGCAUGCUCAGCUGGACAUACAGAAAUUGUUGAAUUCUUGCUGCAACUUGGAGUGCCAGUGAAUGAUAAAGAUGAUGCAGGUUGGUCUCCUCUUCAUAUUGCUGCUUCUGCUGGCCGAGAUGAGAUUGUCAAAGCCCUUCUGGGAAAAGGUGCUCAAGUGAAUGCUGUCAAUCAAAAUGGCUGUACUCCCCUACAUUAUGCAGCUUCCAAAAACAGGCAUGAGAUUGCUGUCAUGUUACUGGAAGGCGGAGCUAAUCCAGAUGCUAAGGACCAUUAUGAGGCCACAGCAAUGCACCGGGCAGCAGCCAGACACUUAGCCUGUGAUGAAGAGAGAGUGGAAGAAGCAAAAUUGCUGGUGUCCCAAGGAGCAAGCAUUUACAUUGAGAAUAAAGAAGAAAAAACACCCCUACAAGUGGCCAAAGGUGGGCUGGGUUUAAUACUCAAGAGAAUGGUGGAAAGCUAA